AGUUAUCCUGCUGCGAAUAAUUUCAGAGGUCUAAUCAGCUACAGUCAAUCCAACUUGCGCGAUAGAUAUUUAAAGCUGCUGCUGGCGGGAAGGCUGACUUUACGCCGUAGACGAAAAUAAUCACAACGCUCCUACACUCGGCUCGAGUGACCAGACAACAAAAUUUUCAUUUUCAUUUUUUCGUGCGUAGUUUUCCUCGAAAGUUUUAAAAUGUAAUAUACGAGUUACUAACAUUUUGUCCGUUCGAUUUGUGGGUACUUUGGUGACGUUUGCCGCGCUCCUCGCUAAAGAAACGAUUUUUAAACUUUUUUAAUGGAAAAAGCUCCGAACAAUGAAGUAUCUAUUACAAAGGUACCGGCGAAGAAGACAGAUGAUAUCAAGAGUUAUGCUGAAUCCACGAUGAACGAGUUAUUAGGAUGGUAUGGGUAUGAUGCAUCCAGAAACGAUUCCAAAGUAUCACGGAAUAGACGAUCGUUCUCUGAAAGUAAUGAAUCAGAAGCGGAAUCGGUUAAAUUUACUGAAGGUUGCGGCUGGUGUGGAAAAUCGGUGGAUGAAAACUCCAGUGUGAUUUCUUCAUCUGCAGUUUUUUGCUCAGAACUUUGUUUUUCACAGUCGCGGAGAGCCAGUUUUAAGAGAAAUAAAACAUGUGAUUGGUGUCGACUUGCACGGCAUACUGUCUCCUAUGUGGAUUGUCAGGAUAAUGCCGCACAACUUCAAUUUUGCUCGGAAAAAUGUCUUAAUCAAUAUAAAAUGCACAUUUUUUGUCGAGAAACUCAAGCCCAUUUGGAAUUACACCCCCAUCUACAUGGAGCCGAGUCGACAAGCAGCGGACUAAUUACCCCAGAUCUUUGGCUGAAAAAUUGUACAUCUCCUAGUUCAAACAACAGAUCAUCACCUGUCCUUUCACCUAUAGGGACGAAUCCUUCUAGUCAGAGUUCUCCGAGAAACCUUACUGUCAACUCGAAGCCAGAGCAUGUGCCAUUGAUUUCUGUAGCACCCAGUUCUAAACUACUUGCGACUGAUGUGAAAAGGAACCGCACAAAGGUUUCCAAAAGGUUCAAAAAGAAUUGUCCUUCGACUAUUACAUCCCUUGGUGCUGUCACUUCUUUCAAUGACAUUCCUCAAGAUUUAAGAGUUAGGCAAACUCCACCGCUAGACGAAGUACCAGUAGAAGAGUAUGCUUUCAAAUCGAGUCCUAAAGACGAUGCCAAGCAAGUUAGAUCGUCGUUAGAAGAGAACGUUGAUUCUCAGAAAAAUGACGGUAGUCCAUCAGUGGAGGAAGAUAUAUCCGCUCCCAAAUUAACUCCGAAUAAUGUUAGAGCAAUUUUGGGUAAUAUUCUACCACCACCAACAACCUUUGUGCCAUAUCCAGUUAUUCUACCAUUACCCAUACCGAUACCAAUACCUAUACCAAUACCAAAAAUGUUUAAAAGUAACAAUGGGAAAGACUUAAUUGAACUAAAAGACAGUACCACUCAGACGGUGGAUGAUAUUAAUAUGAACACUAGCAGUAUAUUGAAUGAAAAAAAUGAAAUUCCUGUUAAACCCGAAUCGGCUAAGGUGCUAGUAGGAAAUCGAAGACUCCUGAGGAAAAGGAAACAGGUUGAUGUGAAAUCAAAAACAUUUCUCAAGCAUCACAAAAAGACAUUAAAUACAUUGCCAUAGAUUUAUUAACAUAUUUCGUACCGAUAUUUGAUCAAAUUAUUUCGAUUAUAUUUACUUGUAACUUUUUUAUUUGUUCCUAGUUUUAAUACAUAUUUGUUUUUCUUACAA